CGCUCUCGAUGCCUCUCUGAGCAGCAUCCAGCGAGCGAGCGGGAGAAGGCGAGACAGAGAGGCAGAAGAGAAGAUGAGGAUAAUUUGCAGACAGCUUGUCUUGUUGUUUUCUGGCUUUUGGGGACUAGCAAUGGGAGCUUUUCCUAGCAGCGUGCAAAUAGGUGGUCUCUUCAUCAGGAACACAGAUCAGGAAUAUACUGCUUUUCGAUUAGCAAUCUUUCUUCAUAACACCAGCCCCAAUGCAUCCGAAGCACCUUUUAAUUUGGUUCCUCAUGUAGACAACAUUGAAACAGCUAACAGCUUCGCUGUAACAAAUGCCUUUUGCUCCCAGUAUUCUAGAGGAGUUUUUGCCAUUUUUGGACUAUAUGAUAAGAGAUCAGUACAUACCUUGACCUCAUUCUGCAGCGCCUUGCACAUCUCCCUCAUCACGCCAAGUUUCCCCACAGAGGGUGAGAGUCAGUUUGUGCUGCAGCUGCGGCCAUCCCUGCGGGGAGCCCUUCUGAGCUUGCUGGAUCAUUAUGAAUGGAACCGCUUUGUUUUCCUGUAUGACACAGAUCGAGGUUAUUCAAUACUUCAAGCUAUUAUGGAAAAAGCGGGACAAAAUAGCUGGCAAGUCAGUGCCAUCUGUGUUGAGAAUUUUAAUGAUGCCAGCUACAGGAGGCUUUUAGAAGACCUGGACCGAAGGCAAGAAAAGAAAUUUGUAAUAGACUGCGAAAUAGAGAGGCUUCAGAAUCUCUUAGAACAG